GUUAUUUUUAAAAUGGCGGUCGUGUGGAAGGAGAGACACGUUCAGGUUGCAUCAAAUUCUGCUGAAACUGACAGAUUUUUUAUGUAGUUUUGUUGUUUAAAAAGCAUGACAGAAACAAAUUUUGAAAGACAGAAAGAAGAGAUCGAAGCUUUGACAUCUAUUUAUGGUGAUGAUUGUUUGAUGAUUAGUGAUCAUGAAUAUAACAUACAUAUAACAGCUGAGCAUGACCAAUCUCAUGGCAUUAAUUUAGAAAUAAUUUUUACUGAUGGCUAUCCAAAAGAUGGACCACCUAACUACCAGAUAAGUGCUCCAUGGUUGAAAGGAGAGUCUAGACAAAAGAUAGAAAAUGCUCUAAAUGAUGUUUAUUUAGAAAAUCUUGGUGAAAGUCUAAUAUACCUAUGGGUAGAAAAGAUAAGAGAAUUAGUUCAGGAAAUACUGGAAACUGGCAAUAAAUCACCAAAUGAAAAUGUUUCCUCAGAUGAAGAAUUCUGUUUUGGAGAUGAAGACAUUCGCCUUGCUCAAUUGGAACUUACAUCACCUGAAUCAAUUGAACAAGCAGACGAUGGUUCAGAUUGGGAGUGUCCUGUUAUAACAUCAGGGGAGGUGCUUGUUGACAGAAACAGUAGAUUUGUAGGUCACAUUGCCCCAGUAUUCCAUGUUAAACAGACAAAAAUGAUGCUGUCUUCCCUAAAAGAAAACAAGAAGAUAGCAUCUGCUACUCAUAAUAUAUAUGCCUGUAGAAUAUUAAAGGAUGAACAUGGAGGUCAUCCUACAUUCUAUCAGAUGUGUGAAGAUGACGGGGAAACUCAUGCUGGGUCACGUCUACUUCAUUUAUUACAGAUAGUAGAUGCCAGAAAUGUAAUGGUAGUAGUAACAAGAUGGUAUGGUGGUGUACAUUUAGGUCCUGAUAGAUUUAAACAUAUAAAUAACUGUGCCAGAAUACUACUAGAUCAACAUGGCUUUAUUAGAUCUAAAGAAGAAAAGAAAGGACCAAAGAGUUCAUCAGGUGGGAAGAAAAAGAAAAAGUAGAUGAUGGUAUAGAGAAGCUUGUUCUAUUCAUAGAUAAAUUGGUGUGAUUCCAGAGAUGAAACAAAGUGCAAUGUUCACUGAUACAUUCUAUUAAUUUGUGGAACUGUACCUGAGGAAUUAGGAGGAUAAUCUUUAUACUUUAUUUUGAAACAGUGACAACCAUGCGUUAUGACAAUAUGUACUUUUUAGUCAGAUUUAUUGAAGUAUGAUCUUUGAAUAACUAUUCUAAAAAAAGAAUGAUGUAUCAUUGAGAAAUGAAUCUUGGUGAUAUUUUUAAGCAUUUUGUUUUUUCAUUGACAGUCUGUAGUGUGGAUAAGACAUUAUGAUAAAAUAGUGAUUUUGAUAAUGAUGAAUAGAAUAGUACAUUAUACAUGGUUUACCUCAAAUUUAUGCAAUCAUUAAAGAGGUGAAUAUAAUACAGAUUGGUAUGAUAAUGGAAGGCAAUAAGAGGGUGUUUUGUCAAGGAAAAGAAAAAAGAAUAAGCAAGGGAAAAUGGUUCCCACUUCUAUAAUACUGAAUCAGACUUUUUUUACUUGUUUCUUCAUCAUGUUCAUAGCAAAUUUUUUUUUAAAUCUUAAGAUUAAAAUUGAUCCUAAAAUUUAAUGAAGUAUUAAUGACUUACACAAGUUUUUUCUCUCAAGAUUAAUUUUUCAUGAAAGCAGUUGCAGGAUCUUUUCAUCUAUGAUUCAUUAGAACUUUCCCAUGAAUGCUGAUUUUUAUUUUGUAUGAAUAAUUUUUUAAAGUAAUUUUUAAAUCUAGUGUAUAUAUGAAAAUGUCAGUAUGUUAAUUGAUGUUUUAUUUAUUGUUAAUCAGAAUAAAAUAGGUGUAUAUUAC